GCAAAACCGACCAGAAGGAGGCACAAACCAAAUGUACAAUUCGCCGCGCCAGAAGGUUUCGCCUUCCUCGUCUUCUCAGUUCUCACUUCUCAGCCCCAAGGCCCAAGCACGAGCACCAAAUGCUGCGUGCCGCGAUCGUUGCAGGGUUGCCGGCACGGCUCGCCACCAAGAGGCCACAGGCGGUAACUGUGGCGGCGAGGGUUGCGCUUACGAGUACCGAGGUGAGGUCGCCACUUCUCAGGUGUGGGCGAGUCCCGGUGCCGGGGAGGAGAGUGUGCUUAUGCUCCGCUGCCGCCGACGAUAGCGGCUCGGAAGCGGAGUCCUCCGCGGCGGAGGGCGAAGAGGCUGCGCGUGGGGAGGAAGGCGAGGGGGAAAAUGUCUCUGCGAUCGUGCCCGCUGUCCUCCGCCCCGAGGAUUGCCACACGGUCAUAGCUUUGCCUUUGCUACAGCGACCACUAUUUCCAGGAUUUUACAUGCCAGUCUAUGUAAAGGACGCAAAGCUGUUGCGAACUUUAGAUGAAAAUAGCAAAAAAUCUACACCAUAUGCUGGGGCUUUUCUUGUCAAGAAUGAGGAAGAUAAUAGCAUUCAUGAAUUGAAAGGGAAAGAAUUGUUGAAUUGUCUUCAUGAUGUUGGCACGCUUGCCCAGAUAACAAGAAUUCAAGGAGAUUUGGUGGUGCUACUUGGUCACCAUCGUAUACAGAUAUCUGAGAUUGUUGUUGAUGAGCCACUUACAGUUAAAGUUGAUCAUCUCAAGGAACUGCCUUAUGAUAAGGAUGCUGUUGUCAUAAAGGCGACAUCUUUUGAAGUUAUAUCCACUUUAAAGGAUGCUCUCAGGACAAACUCCCUUUGGAAGGAUCAAGUUCAAGCCUAUACCCAGCAUAUGGGUGACUUCAACUAUCCAAGACUAGCAGAUCUUGGUGCUGCUAUUUCAGGCGCCAACAAGUUGCUUUGCCAGGAAGUUCUUGAAGAGUUAGAUGUAUGCAAACGGUUGAAGUUGACUCUUGAGUUGGUAAAGAGGGAGUUAGAGAUUAGUAAGUUGCAGGAAUCCAUAGCAAAAACAAUUGAAGAGAAAAUUACUCGAGAACAACGCCGCUACUUGUUGAAUGAGCUACUUAAAGCAAUUAAGAAGGAGCUAGGAUUGGAGACAGAUGAUAAAACAACUUUGUCAGAAAAAUUUAGGGGAAGGAUUGAAGCAAAAAAAGACAGGUGCCCCCCUCAUGUCUUACAAGUCAUGGACGAGGAGCUCACUAAGCUUCAGCUGCUAGAAGCUAGCUCCAGUGAGUUCAGUGUAACCCGCAAUUAUUUAGACUGGCUAACCGUAUUGCCCUGGGGAGAUUAUAGUGAUGAAAACUUUGAUGUGCACCACGCUCAACAUAUUCUUGAUGAAGAUCACUAUGGUCUAGCUGAUGUCAAAGAAAGAAUUUUGGAAUUCAUAGCAGUUGGAAAGUUGAGAGGAAGUUCACAAGGUAAGAUCAUAUGUCUUUCUGGGCCACCUGGAGUUGGAAAAACUAGUAUUGGACGUUCAAUUGCACGUGCACUAAACCGGAAGUUCUACAGAUUCUCUGUUGGAGGUUUGGCCGAUGUAGCAGAAAUUAAGGGUCAUAGGCGGACAUAUGUUGGGGCAAUGCCAGGGAAGAUCGUUCAGUGUUUGAGAUCAGUAGGAACAGCAAAUCCUCUAGUUUUGAUAGAUGAGAUUGACAAGCUUGGGAAAGGGCAUUCAGGUGAUCCAGCCAGUGCACUAUUGGAACUUUUUGAUCCUGAACAGAAUGCUAACUUUCUUGAUCACUAUCUAGAUGCCCCUGUUGACUUAUCCAAGGUUCUUUUUGUUUGCACUGCAAAUGUCAUUGAGAUGAUACCAAGCCCUCUACUGGACAGGAUGGAAAUCAUUGCUAUUGCCGGUUAUAUAACUGAUGAGAAGAUGCAUAUUGCUAGGAAUUAUUUAGAAAAGAAGACAAGGGAGGCCUGUGGCAUCAAGCCUGAGCAGGUUGAGGUCACAAAUGAUGCUCUUCUUGCUCUUAUUGAAAACUACUGCCGUGAAGCUGGCGUACGGAACCUUCAACAACAGAUCGAAAAAAUUUAUCGAAAUAUAGCUCUGAAACUUGUCCGUCAAGGGGUAUCAAAUGAGUCACCUCAAGAUAUCAUGGUAGUAGAAGCAGAAAAAAACCCGGUUAAUUUUGACGUUGCGACAAAAGUAGAAGAUAAGAACUCGAAGAAUUCUAUUGCAGAAGAUGCUUCAGUGGACGUGAGCCCAAUUGAUUCUUCUCUUGAUAAUAUUAAUGUGGUGCCUUUAACAACAGAGUCAGAAGUAGGCCACAAUGAGCAUUCAAAUGAAGCACCUACAAAAACUUUUGCAGAAGAGACAGCCAAACUACCUAAUACUUUUAAGACACCAGAGGCCAACAAUGAAAGCACACAUAGAAAUAUGGAAGUGCUUGUAGACAAGCCUGAGGAGAAAGUUGUUGUCAAUGCGUCUAAUCUUGGUAAUUUUGUUGGGAAGCCUGUGUUCCAAGCAGAGCGCAUAUACAAUCAGACUCCUGUCGGAGUGGUCAUGGGUUUAGCUUGGAAUGCUAUGGGUGGUUCGACCUUGUACAUUGAGACAGCAAAAGUAGAGGAAAGCAAAGGCAAGGGAACACUUUUUGUGACAGGCCAGCUUGGCGAUGUCAUGAAAGAGAGCGCCCAAAUCGCACAUACAGUUUGUAGAGCUGUAUUACUAGAGAAAGAACCAAAUAAUCCCUUUUUUGCAAAGUCAAAGCUGCAUUUGCAUGUUCCUGCUGGAGCCACACCAAAGGAUGGGCCAAGCGCUGGGUGCACCAUGGUAACAUCGAUGUUGUCCUUAGCCAUAGGGAAAUCUGUGAAGAAAGACUUGGCAAUGACUGGUGAAGUAACUCUAACAGGACGAAUUCUUCCAAUCGGUGGGGUGAAGGAGAAAACCAUCGCUGCAAGGAGAAGCGGGGUAAAGACGAUCAUAUUCCCAUCAGCAAACCGAAGGGAUUUUGAUGAGCUUGCUUCUAAUGUAAAAGAAGGUCUUGAAGUUCACUUUGUUGACAAAUACAGCGAAAUAUAUGAUUUAGUUUUUACAAGUGACACCAAGACGCAGGAAAGCUAGUGAUUAACUGCUCGAAUUCAUUUCCCAUUUCAAUUGUUGGCAACAACAUAUUCAAAGCAAUCGAGUUUCAUCAAAUAUGAUGAUAAUGGCUGGCUUUACAGAAACUUUCAAAAUUCCUCACAAGUUUUUGGGCGCACCUUACCACAUGAGAACUAAAAGCCAAUUCUUGCAAGAGCGUACUGCUAAUGCCAAGAUAGCUUGACAAGCUGCCCCCACUCCCUUCCUGUAAAUUAAUUGUUAUGUGCAAGCUCAGAAACAAUGGGAAUGCACAAGUGUAAUCAUUGUCUGACUUGUCACAUAAUUCCCUGGUGGUGUAUGCAUAUAAACCGACCAUUCCAGGUUAGAACUUGUUCGGUUAGUCUCAUUCCACAUGAAUUGGAUGGGGUUGAAAAAAAAUGUGAAGAACUUUGAC